CAUUUUUUAUUGACAAUUUAACACCAGUUAGUUAGAUUUAUUUAAGGCGUUAGUAAUAUUUUUUGAAUUUUUUAAAAAAAAAAAUAAAGGAAAGUAAGGGUUAAAGGAAAAACCCUUUCAUUCCCUUCCUCUUCAAUCGGGAUAACUUCUCUGUACUCUACUCUGCUCCAUUAAAAUUCCACCUUCAUCUUCUUCAUUUGCUUACUUUUACCCAAUUAAACCCAAAAUUAAUAGUAAUUGCAUCUUAAUAAUUAUGAUUGUGUAGAUGAGAUAUUGUGGUUAGUUUCUUGAUUACAGUAGACGAGAUUGUGGUUUGAGUUGAUUACAUCAAAAUAAUCAAGACUCUGACUUCAACCUAAUUGAAAUGAUGAUUGCUGGAAAUGCACAUGAGUAUAUUGACACCAAUGUCACUAUAGAAACUGACCAUGCUUCAACCAGUGAGUCAAGGGGUUCAAAAAGAAGCAAAAAGGGAAAGAAUGCUAUGAACAUCACCACUCCUGAUCUAAUUGAUAACAUGAUAUCACAAGAACCUCAACUGGGCUGUAAGAACAUUGAACUGAUUAACUCAGUGUUGAAAACCAUUUUAGCUGUAUGCUCAGUUGCUCACCCUCAGAUACUGUGCACUCUUUGUUGUGACUGGAGAUUUAUUAGGUGUACCAAGUUUGUCGCUACGAUUCCACACAGCUGGCUAUUGGAGCUGAUGGAUGAUUCACAGUCUUGCUAUCUCGUUUUAUUUUCCUCAAUAUGAACCUCGGUUUUUUACGUUGUGGGUCUCAUAAAUGUCUGACCUUCCCUAACCUAUGUUUCUUUUUACUCCGUUUAGACCACUGUACGCCUUAGACUCCACCUUUGAGAUCAGGCUAUAUCCGCAGUAGAUCAACUCUAAUUAGAGGUGUUCAACGGGAAUCGGAUCAAAAAUUAAAUGGGUCGGGGCGCGUUAUGUCAAAUGUUAAAAGGGUCGGGCUGGUCAAAGCCCGUUUAAAUACGAUCCACUUUGACCCGUUUUUAAAAAGUUCAUAAAAUAAAUUUUUAAUUAAUAAUAAUAUCACAUAAAAAUAGAAUUAUUUGCAAAGAAACACCUUUUAAAACCCCUUUUUUGUAAAGAAACACCUUUUAUAAUUUUUUUGUAAAAAAACACCUUUUAAGAGACUUUUUUUAAAAAAAAAACACCUUAAAUCAGU